GUCGUGGAGCUGGAUUUGAUACAUUGUAUUGAGCACACUGUCUGUAACCACAACUCGCUUUGAUAAAGGUUAUGUGCACUCACUAAAAGCUUAAGAAGGCUUUCUCACAAACGCAGCUGGACUCAUGAAGGAUUUAUGAAUUCACGUAGGCUACAACACCUUCGCCUGAUCUGGAAGAGUCAGGAUUCCAGCCCACCACCUGCGCAUAAGGACGGGCUAGAGGCCAUGUCUACAGUGGUGGAUCUCAAGACAAAGGAGGAGAAGGAUGCAGAGCUUGACAGACGGAUCGAGGCUCUGCGCAAGAAGAAUGAAGCUCUGGUCCGGAGGUACCAGGAAAUAGAAGAGGACAAAAAGAAGGCGGAACAGGAGGGGAUUGCCGUGAAGACGCACCCACCCAGGAAGAGCCGCCCUCACGAUGGCCCGCCAGAGGGAGACAGACGGAGGACAGAGAAAGAGAACUUCACUGUCACUGUAGACCUCUCCAAACCUGCAGGGGAGAAACGGGUGAUCAAUGACUGGAAACAAGGGCCACCCCGAGGAAGGAGGGACUCUGAGGAGGGAGACAGCCCCAGACCCCAAGGUGAAAGCCCCCCGCGGAUGUCCGGGCGGCUCAGCAGGGGUGGACAGAGAGGGGGAGGACAACGGCAGGAGAGGAGAGAGCAACGCCCUGACAGACCCCUAGCAGACCCACGCCAGGCCCAUGACAGACCACCACGAGAGGAGAGACCACCACGAGAGGAGAGGGGUCCAAGAGAGGAGAGGGGUCCAAGAGAGGAGAGGGGUCCAAGAGAGGAGAGGGGUCCAGGCAUGGAGGGGCCAGGAGAGGGCCCCGGCCGCAGUGAACGUGCCCCACGUGGAGGAAGGAGAGGAAGAGGAGGACGAGGAGGACGAGAAAGAGAAGAAGGAGGAGGACCACAGGGUGGUGACAGGAAGUCUAAGGAGUGGGAGGAGAAAAGGAGGCAGAACAUUGAGAAGAUGAACGAGGAGAUGGAGAAGAUUGCAGAGUAUGAAAGAGGACAAAUGCCUGCCGAGGGAGACAAGCCCAUCCGUAACUUCCUGGAUGACCCGCGGCGCUCCGGCCCAGUCCCGGACAUGGACCGCAAAGAGGGCAGCCGCCGACACGUCCGAAACUGGGGCGGAGUAGACUUUGACAACGUGAAGACGGGAUCUGAGCUGGAGAAGGAGUGGACAAGUCGGAGACCAGGAGGCCCUAAGGGCUCCAUGGAUAUGACCAUGUCUAUGACGGGCCGGGAGCGUGCCGAGUACCUCCGCUGGAAGAAGGAGCGUGAGGAGAUUGACGAGGAGCGUCUGGCCAGGCACAGGAACGCCACGGGCCAGUGGAGACGGGAAUGGGACGCCCAGAAGACUGACGGCUUGUUUAAGGAGGACCCAGCUGUGGCUGCAGAGGGCAUGCUGCCAGACCAGGGAGGCAGCAGGAGAGCCAGGGGGCGUGGUUCCCGCACACAGCCUCACGGCGGGGCCUCAGACGAGGUGAAGGGGCCUCCCAAGGCGCCCACGUUCGGAGACUUCCUGGGGCAGGGUAGAGGACCCAGGGAGGGGGGCAGUGGAGAGCGGGGGAGGGGACGAGGACAGAGACACAACUACAGCAUGCACGAUAACCGCUGGGAGGAGGAGGAGGAGAAGGAGGAGGAGGAGGAGGAGAAACACAAGAAGGAGGAGAAGACUCAGAAGGAGGAUCGGAAGACCAAAGCUCCCUCAUCACAAAAGAUGGAGGAGAAGAGUGGUGACGCAGAGGAAGAUGAGGAUGAGUGGGAGGAUGCCAGCGAUGGAGAGGACGAAGAUACGGACGGGGAGGACGACUCUGAGGGAGACGACUCGGAGGAGAAAGACGGACAGUCCCCGAAGAAGGCACCUCGCCCAGAAACCACAGCAGGGAAGUCCGCUGCCACCUCACCCCCUCCCUCCACUCCCCCCUCCGCAGCCAGUCCCAAAGAGCAGCGCACCCCGAGGCCCAAAGUCUACAUCCCCUCCCCACAGGAGGCUCAGGACUCCCCCGAUGGCCCCAAGCCCCUCAGCCCUUUCUCUCCCCUGGACGGCCACCAGGCGGUCACAGACUGGGGGGAGGAGAUGGAGAUGCAGUCCCCCCGGAGCAGUAUGGGGGAGAGCCCGCUGAAACCCACAAGCGCUGAGGGGAGCCCUGCACAGGUUAAGGUCAACUCCAGCCCCAGCCCAACCCCCAGUCCCAGCAAGCCAGCAGAGCCAGAGAAGGAGAGGGACACACGGACAGUUGUGGUCACUAAUGCUCCACCAGAGGAGACUCUGAUCCAGGAAAAAACUCCUGUAUCAUCGUCACCAUUAGAGCCUGUCUCUACCCCCACUGACCCCCCAGAGAAAGAGGAGACCACCACCACUCCACCAGCCCAGGAGACACCUGCUACCCCCACAGAGGAUGAGGAGGACCCUGCCGCCACUCCUGCCCCUGUCCUGGAGUCUGACCAGAGCCUGUCUGAGCCGGCCACUGUCCCAGAGACUGCCCCAGACACCUUGGAGCAGCCAUCUUCAGGCUGAGAGCUGCUCUGGGAAACUGACUUUUCAGUGCUAGUGGUUCACAGAUGAUGGGAUGAGGAGGGGAGAAAAUAAUGACAAGAAGGAAGGAAACCGGGCCUCGCGCACCAUGACUGGAGCAGCCAUCACAGACAACCUGGAGGCCUCCAAACCUCUCCCUCUCCUCAACAAUCAGACCACGUAUGUUCUGUACUGUUUGACUUGCAUAGAAUAGUGAUACUGCCGUUCAUCUGAGCCACUAGGGUAAAUGGCUUGGGUUUUAUGGCAGCCAAUUAGGAUGUUACUGUGAUGUCAAGUCAACAAAUCCCCAACUUGUUUUUACGUUUUGUGUUAUUGAUUUGUGUAUGAUUAACAAAUGAAACUAUUACAUUUCGCGAAAACUCACAAAUAUGAAAUUCUCUCACCUCACUUGUUCAACCUUAGCAUUUAAAAAAACAAAAACUCCACCUCUUCUUUUGGAAGGUCAAAGAGACUCUUAUGCCCUUUCAACAUGGCUAAAAAUUACAUAUUUGGCACGCUAACAGUUGAAAGAGCAUUCUCCUCCCUGAAUGUAGGCAGCUUAUUGACGACAGCUUAUCCACACUUGUUUUAAUUGCCCUUACUUUAAAGAUUCCCAAGACCCAAACACCCAAAACUGUCCUCCCCUGUUAGCCUGUAAAAACUGAAUUAAUGAUUGUGAAUGUUAUUGGACACUGUUUGUGUCCCAAAUGUCACUAUCUCUAUACAGUGCACUACUUUUGAGUCCUAAGGGCAAUGGUCAAUAUUAGUGCACAAUAGAGGCAAUAGGGUGCCAUUUGUGACACAAACCCUCUUUGUGUAGUUUGUAUGGAUAUGGUUUGGCCCCCUUUAUCCUUAACUCAAUACUUUUUAGUUGUAUUUUGUCAUGAAACUAAUUAUGUGAACAAAUUUAAGCCAUGGCAUUGAAAAAUGUACAUUCUGUUUCCUGAUAAUCAUGUAACAAAGUUGGUUUACAUUUGUGACCCCAAGAGGAGUAUAGUUAAAAUGUUAUUAGUUUCUUUUUAAGUGAGGUACAUUGUACUUAACCAAGCACAGGCAUCAUGUGACCCUGACAAUGUUUGUUAAUAACCAUGACCAUCCAAAGCUUUCCUUUUGCUUCUCAUUUGCGAUAGAUCGCUUGUGGCCUUUCUAGUUUUAAUCAAGGGGCAUCAGAACAUGUACCUCAACAGACCACGAUUUUGUUUAGAUUUUUAAGUCUUGUUGGCUUUUUUUAGCGUACUCUUGGUCAUGAACUCAAAAUCUGGCUCACCUAUAAUGAACAGGAGCACAGAUAUUAAACUAUGCUUAAAUUGUAUUUCUCAAAAAGGAAUGAAGAGGUGAAAUGAAUGGAUCAUGUCAAUAACUCUAGGAAAUGCAAUAUGUAGUUUAUAAUUUAAUAUUUUUAAUUGCAACUAAAAAUUCCAAUGUUUUGUGUGGAAAAAAGGCAUCAAUUUUUGUUCUUUGUGAUUUGCAUUCUAUAUCCUCAUUCUUUUCCGUUUCUGAUGACUUAGUGAUUGUAUUAUAAGCAUCGAAUUUUCCUAAACUUCUAUAAUAUCUUCGUUUGAAUAUAAAACUGCAUUAUUUGGGUUUAUUUUUGGAAUGGAGUGUAACUGGCCUAUCUAAACUAGCAUGAUCCUAAAUUCUAGACUUUUCCUGUUUAUCCGUUGAUUACCAUUCAUUCGUUUUUAUCCCAAGAUAUUGACCCUUUAAUCAAUCAAUCAGGAGAUUACAUUUGAUAGCUUUUUCUUUAAGUAUAAAAUUAUGAUUUGGCAGGAAACUCAUUGGUUCAUGCGCAACUGUCAAAUGUACAACAUGAAAUGUAUUCUGUUUAUUUUGCUUCUUAGUUUUCAUAUCAAAUAAAUGUAUGGUGGUCCGGUCUCAA